AUGGAUUCAUACUCUCAAUCAUAUAACUACUAUACACAAUCGCCAUCAUCAUCGCCAUGCAUUUAUUCUAACUACAAUACACCUACGACAUCGUAUUGUGCUUGUUGUUACCCAUCAAAUUCGUAUUAUCCACAACAAAUCUCGCCAACAUUCGCGUAUUCCCCACCGACCUCUCCUUUCAUUCCCCAACAUAUACAGAUUGUGACUCCAACUGCUACAACUCCAAUUAUUCAAACUCAAAAAGCAUCAUCAAAAAUUACACGAUUACAAUAUACAAACAAAGAUCGUUAUAUUCUCAAUGAAUUAUUCAAACGAACACCUUAUCCAAACGCUAUACAACGUGAUGUAAUUGCGCGACAACUUGGCAUUACACAUGAACAAAUACGUAUAUGGUUUCAAAAUCGUCGUCGUUUACAAACACAACGUGAUACUGGUGAACGAUUAGCUACAUCGAAUGAAAUGUUAGCUUUACAGCACGGAAGAACAGGCGUUAAAUCAGACGAAUUGAAAACAUUUCUCAAUGAAGUUGCUCAAUAUAAAGAUGCACCACCACGAAUUCGACUCAAUGAUUCGUCUUAA